AAUCGGAGGUCCGUACCCCUAGAAAACCCCACUGCUUUAAACAAUGCACCCUAAAGUUUACACACAUCUUACAUGGCAAGGCUUCGUGUCACUUAAACGAUAACCACACUGUCAGCUGAACUGAGUGUGAUGGCUGACAUGAAAAUACAGUGAGAAUCUGGUAAUUUAAAAGUUAGUUAUGGCUGAAGCAUGUUUACGCAGUGAACAUAAAGAAACAUAUCAGACCAGUCUUUUAAACAGGUAUACAGAAUGUGCAGAACAUUUGAUUAAAAAAUGCAAAGAACUCAGCGAGAUACCUGGAGCAGCAAAACUGGAACGUAAAUGUGCUGCAGAACUAAAGUAUCUCAGAUCGCUUGCUCGACGACGAGGCGGAUAUGAUGUCACUCAUUUACGCAGUAGUAAUCUGAGUCACUAUGCAGGCGUCCUCCAUUCUGCUGAUAAUCUGCCAAACGUUACUCAUAUAUUGCAAGCAUUUAGCUGUCCAGGACGGACAGAAGCUUUACAUAUGGAUGUUGUUGCGGGUCGGGGUCAUAUUUGGCUCAAAGUCAUUGCUAGAAAAGCCCAAGCAUUGCAUCUGAUAUGGGGAGGUCAAGGACAGUACGGAGAGAAGGAUAUCGUCAUGCAAGCUAAGGACUUUGUUGUUUGCUCUAAAGUCCAUCCAGUAAAUUUUCAGGACCCUAAAGUCGUGUUUGCCUUUUAUAAUGGUGUCACAGGUCCAAUAGCGGAAAGAUUACAAAAAUGUGGUGUAAUUGUUAUUGGUGAAAUUGUUGCAGUCGAUAGUGACGUCGACAUGAAAUUGUUACAAUUAAGUGUUGAGGACACCGACUCUGAGGAGGACAACUGUAGUUCAUCUGAUGAUGAAGUUCGAUCUGAAGAAAAUGAUCCAAUAGUAAAUACAGGUGGUAUUUGUACUUGCUUCAAUGAUAAUCAACAUGCACCGUUCGACGCUGGUAGGAAUCUAUCCGGCCAUUGUUUGAUUUGUGGUAAACAGUAUUCAUGUGGACAGAUACCAGAUGUAUCAGAAAGUGUUCCUGCAAGCUGUGAUAACAAUAUAAGUGAGAGCAAUUUAACACUUGAUACAGAACAGCCUCAAAACAUGGGAAGUUUAGAAUCGGACAGUGCUGUAGCAGAGAAAAUCAGUGAUUUAGGAUCCUGUAGGCAAUCACAGUACCCGUCAUCAGAUAUAUCUACAGUCACUGUAACAAACGAAAUCUAUCCUAUAUUAUCUGAGACUUGUAGUACAACAUUAAUUUCUACCGAUUCUCAGAGACAGAUUACACGAUUGCCAUUUGUGACAAUAGAUGAACAGUUGAAGAAAACCACUCAGUUGACCUGUGAUACAGCCCAGUAUUGUCCGAAAAAGCAAUUUCUGCCAAAAAAUGACUCGGCAAAUAACUCGAUGAGGAAUGAGGAUUUUAAUCUCGAUAAAUGGAACAAUACAUCCGUGCUACAUUUCAUUCGCUCUGAAUUAUUACUGAACCAUGUAUUAGAUUUUCAUGUAAUACGAAGAAUUCUGGCUGAUAAUGAAAUAAAUUCCAUUGACAAAAUUAGGAAAAUCAAUUUAGACAUAACAGCUUUGAUAACCCUUGUGUCGGCUGUAUCUCACGGAGGGUGUUAUUACAGAUUUCGGGAGAAAAUUCUGUCUGAACAAGCUGCAGAAGAGAGGGUUGACCCGGUGCUUCCAAAACUGCAGGCAUUUCUAGAAGGAAAAGACCUGUACACGUGUCAGACUGCAGCUGAUAGUUUUAACAGUAUUCUGGAUACGCUUGGUGGACAAAAAGAAAAAGAAAGGGCUGCUGAGCUGCUUUCAAGACUAACCAUAGUACCUGACAAACCAUCUUUUAGGGCUUCAAUGAUUCCAAAGACCGGGAAGAUAAAAGACAGAUCUAAAGUUAUAUUUGGCACUGGGGAUAGUCUAAGAGCUGUUACAGUGACGGCCAAUUCUGGCUUUGUACGAGCAGCAGAGCACCAGGGCGUGACAUUUGCUGUUUUCCUUCAUGCAUCUAGAGCGCUAACAGAGCAAAAGGAGAAAACUGCAGAAAAACUCGUAGUGGAUUCUUAAUUGUCAGCAGUGCCAUAUGAGAUAUUUCAGCUACAUCGCAUUACAGCCUUGUCAUACUACACCGAUAGUUUUUGACGUGUGACAUAAGCAUACUUAUAUAGAGUGAACAUCUUGCAGAGAUUUUCUGUUAAAAAGACAAUUUAAUGAAAAAUGAUGCAUCGCGUGAAUGAAAAUAUUUACGAAUAAAGGAAUGAAAUGCG